ACAUCUUCGGAGCAUUCAAAGCAGGUGAUUUCAGAUAUCAAGCAAGAGAGAUGUCGGAUAACAUGCUUUCUCUGUACAAAGGAGAAGGUGCAAAUAAAAUCGAACCAGAGACAGAUCUGACUCGCUGGCGACUGAGCACAGUGGAAGGACGACAGAAGUGGUAUUACGUGCCUGAAAAUGAGGAAUGUGCCAGGGAACAGAAUGCACUUGAAGCAUAUACUUUAGGGCUAAAUACAAGUAAAUUUUUUCCAGAGUUGCCCAAAGCCAGCACGGCCCAGGAAGCAGUCCUGAAAGCAAUUAAGUUUUUUUCAGGUCUACAAGCUGAAGAUGGCCAUUGGCCUGCUGAAUGUUCUGGCGUGCUCACCCUUGCUCCAGGUCUUUUGAUUACAUGCUAUGUUUCUAAGAUUUCCCUGCCAGAAGAGAUAAAGAAAGAAAUACUACGAUAUAUACGUUCAAGACAGCUUCCAGAAGGUGGCUGGGGUCUCCAUCUCAGGGAGCAACAACCAACCAUUUUUGGCACAGCCCUCAACUAUAUAGCUAUGCGAAUCCUUGGAUAUGGACCUGACCAUCCAGAUAUAGUGAGGGCUCGAAUCUCUCUCCAUAAAAAAGGUGGAGCUCUUGGAGCCCCACAUUUGGGGAAAGUCUGGCUGGCUAUUAUGAAUGUGUACAGCUGGGAGGGAAUGAAUGCACCGUUUCCUGAAUUGUGGCUGUUACCUACCUGGGUGCCAGGCCAUCCUUCUACUUAUUGGUGCCAUGCCCGCCAUAUUUUGCUUGCAACGACCUACUGCCAACUCAACCGCCUGAGUGCAGAAGAAGAUGAACUGGUCCGGAGUCUCAGGCAGGAACUUUACGUGGAGGAUUACUCGAGCAUUGAUUGGCCAGCCCAGAAGAAAUAUAUUUAUGAGGCUGAUUUACAGGCACCACAUACAUUGGUCCUGGAUGUUCUUUUUGCCCUCUUCAAUUUGUACGAUAGAUACCACCUCACCAGUCUCAGAAAGAAAGCCACCGCUGAGAUCUAUGAACAAAUCAAGGCAGAUGAUAUAUUCUCAAACUCUACUAAUUCUAGCCCGAUCUGCAAACCCUUCCAUGUGUUGAUCUCAUGGCACGUGGAUGGUCCCAAUUCUGCAGCCUUUCAAGAGCAUGUCUCCAGAAUCUAUGAUUAUCUUUGGUUGACAGACGAAGGUAUAAUAAUGAAGGUGAUGGGAUCUCAAACCUGGGAUGCUGUAUUUACAGUUCUGGGUUUUCUAGAGGCUGGUGUCCACAAUGACCCUGAGUACAAUACUUGUCUGAAAAAAGCUCAUUCAUUUUUGAAAUGUGCUCAGAUUGUAGAUAAUCCACCCAACUACCAGAGAUACUAUCGUCAAAUGAACAAGGGAGGAUUCCCCUUCAGCAAUCGGGACAACGACUGGAUGGUCAGUGACUGCACUGCUGAAGCAAUUAAGGCAUUGAUGUUACUUGAAGAACAAUGUCCUUUUAUAGAAGAUCGCAUAGCUCCACAACGUCUCUUUGAUGGCAUCAAUGUGCUCCUGAACAUGACAAAUUCUGAUGGUGGUUUUUCCUCUUAUGAAACCAGACGGGGAAGCUGGCUAUUAGAGGCCAUAAACUGUGCAGAGACCUAUGCUGACUGUAUGGUAGAUCACACCUAUAUUGAAUGUACCUCAUCCGUAAUGCAGGGAUUGAAACUUUUCCAGAAGAAAUUCCCAGAUCACCGGACAGAGGAAAUCAGUGAUACUAUCCAUAAGGCCCUGCAGUAUUGUCGUAAUACACAGAAACCAGAUGGAUCUUGGCUAGGGAGAUGGGGUGUGUGUUUCACAUAUGGCACCUGGUUUGCAUUGGAAGCAUUUGCAUGUUUGGGAUACAUUUACCAUAAUGGACUGGCAUGCAACGAAGUAACCAGGGCCUGUGCCUGGCUGGUCUCCAAACAAAUGAAAGAUGGCGGCUGGGGAGAAGAAUUUGAAUCCUACAAGUUUCGCAAAUAUAUUCAGCAUACCAUUUCCCAGGUCCACCAAACUGCGUGGGCUCUGUUGGGGCUGAUGGCUGUUAGGUAUCCCGAUGUUCGUGUUCUAGAAAGGGGGGUCCAAGUUUUGAUUGACAAGCAGCAAGCCAUUGGGGACUGGCCUCAGGGUGACAUUGCUACCGGAUUCUACAAAGCUGGCACUCUCCAUUAUUCAGCCUACCGCAACAUCUUCCCUAUUUUUGCAUUGGCUCGUUUUACCCACCUUUAUCCUGAUAGUCCUCUUGUUAGGGAACAUCUGAAGAAUGGACCAAGGCAUUCCACAGAGGACCAGACAAUGAAGCACUGAAUAAGAUGCAUCAACAUUCCAGGAAAAGCCAGCUCUGCCCUUUACACCAUCUUAAGAUGCUUAUCUUUUAACAUUUUUCCUUUUAACAUUUUUUUUUUAAAAAUACUGAGUUAGUAGACUGAAGUAUUCACAUUUUGCAUUUUUUUUUUGCAAGCAUCAUUUUCUCAUUGCCAUCAUGUCAAGUAAUAAGGAGAGCCAAGAGAGUUUGCCCUUUUGUGGAAGCAGCGGUGCAAAAUACAGUACUUUUAUAUUACAGUGAGUUUUGGCUGAUGGCCAAACAGUCAACCUCGUUGUCUGAAAAUUUGCUCCUCCCAAUUGCCACCUCACAGGAAGAAGAAGAUUGGGGGAGGUUUUCUGCUAGUGGUUUUGGGGGUGGGGGGUAGACAAGAGGGCAAGAACGUUGAGUAAUGCAUCCAUAUUUGUUCUUAAAGUGGCAUAAAUAAGGAUAAAACGAGUUUCUAAUACCCUGUUUAUAUCAGGGUGAGUACUGCCAAUGACGAAAACAAAUUUCAUAGUAAUAGUUUCCUGCCAGCUCAAAAACUGUUAGGUAGAACAUUGACUUGGCCGUAAAAAAUUAUCCCAAGGGAUGCUGGAUGCUGGUAAAGGACGGAAUUAGAGAGAAUCACAGAGGCAAUGAAACUGAAGUCUAAAACAAAUGACAGGUAUCAAAUUUAGGGAGGCUGGAGUGAAGAUAUAUAAGGCAUAUAUAUUCUUAUAUUGUAAUGCAGUUUGGGUCCUACUCAAUGUCUUCUGGAGAUCUUCCAGAACCCAACAUAUAGUUUGCCAGAAUUCUAUUAUGUACGUAAGAUAAAGAUAUACGAGAUAUAAGAUAAAGUAUAAAUGCAAUAAUAAAUAAAACUGACAAAGAAAGAAUUAAGUAUGUGUGCAUGCACAUACUACACAUUCUCUUUGUCACAAACCCACACAAAUAGUAGCACUUCUUUGAUUCCAGCUGAAAAUUGCUUUUUGAAUUGAAUAGGGCUUUGGGAAAUUAUACUGUAUGAAUUACUGUUGAAUAUUUAAUUUAAUUUGGAGAGUGAUACACUCACACCAAGAUGAAGAUGAUAUGAGCGAGAUAAUUCAGGAUCUGCUUUUGGUCUUGGUAUGCCUGUAUAGCUUAUUCUUCGUAAGUUGCCCAGAAUUGCCUUAUUGGGAGAGGGAUGGCAUAUAAAUGUAAUAAUGAUGAUGAUUAUGAUGAUAAUAAUAGUGAUAAUAAUAAUAGUUCUUCUAUUGGACAGCUGAUUCAUAUAUUAUCUGUGGGGAAGGGUGUUUUACAUAUUCAAGAAGGUGUAACUUGAAUUUGAAAAAUAUUUCUUGUGUUUAUGUACUGUAUAUAAUUAAACAUUAAAUGGAUAUAGCUUAAAAGUAUAAUGAGUUAUAAUUUUUUCACCUCAGGUCAGACCAAGAAAGGGUGGUUAGUAUCAUUUGUGUUAGCCAUGGGAUCUUUUGCUCUGGAAAUUUUUAUAUCCAUGGAGUUUAUGCUGCAAUUGUCAUUUUCUGAUACUAGAAUGAAGAUCAUAGAAUUUUCUUUUGAGUUGACAUGCACAAGCUAGUUUGCCAUUUGAAUAAAAUUAAAAUGUUUACAAUCAUCAUUUUCUUCCAAUAAAUACAUUCUAAUUCAAGUAUAUGAUAGUGGAGUUUUAUGUUCUCUGUUUCCUGACAAGUUGGUGAAAAGUUCCAGCUGCCUGGGCUUGAUUUUCUUGGGGAAGGAGUCACUGGAGAAUUAUGACGUUUUUAAAAUGAAUUACAAAUUACAAACGGAAGCAAAAGAGAUAUUCCAUACACUAAAGAUCUAAACAGAAACCUUGCACAUCAAAGUUCCUAAAUUAUCAAACAAAUAACAGGUUUCUUUUUAUAUCUAAUUCUAGGUAGCACAAAAUGUGUCUUCUCUACACAAUGCUAUACCUGUUCCCUUCUUGGAAUAGCAAUAGCUAUCUCAUUCAAAUCAAGAGAGCAAGAUUCUUAAUUGGCUUUUAACCCACAUAAGAAGCUGUGGCAAUUCAGCUGUUACUGAACUCUUAGGAUCCCCUAUGGACAUACUGGCUGGUAUGGCGACUGGAUAGUGUAGUUCUUUCUAUGAGGGCUGCAGAUUCUCUAUCCCUGUUCUACAUUUUAACUCCUUUUCCACAUCAAUGACCUGUAAUCUGCUAAACAAUGGAAACUGCAAUGGUAUUCAUUACAUUACUAUUAGAAUAGCUUCAAGUAGAUACCAAAGAGAUAAACAGGGUGGAGCUGCUUAGGACUUAGACUAAAGGUCCACUAGGAAAACUAGGAGCCAUAAGCUAGACUGGGAAGUCAAAAAUACUCCUGGAAGAAGACAGGUCAAUCACUUCUAUUAUGUGGUUAGGAAAACAACAUAGAUAUUAGAAGUCAGGCUCAGUUUGAAGGAGCGUUAGUUACCUGGAGGCAUAAAUGGGACAGCAGCAUAAAUCAGAAAUCUUCAGACAUUUUUGUCUAAAGGUAUGUUAAACAGCUGCGGUGGCACAGUGCAGUAUUGCAGGCUAAUUCUGCUGACUGCCAGCAGUUUGAUCCUGGCCAGCUUAAAGUUGACUCAGCCUUUCAUCCUUCCGAGGUUGAUAAAAUGAGGACCCAGAUAGUUGGGGGCAAUAUGCUGACUCUUUAACCCGCUUAGAGUGGGCUGUGAAGCAGUAUAUAAGUCUAAGUGCUUUUUCUAUUGCUAAAGAACCAGUUUUCAUCUGCCGU